AAAAGGAAGAACAGAAAAAAGAGUAAAACCCUAAAACACAGCAAAUUGUUUUGAACCUGCUUAUUCCUUUUUCUGUCAUCAUUUACAGGGGUUUUACUCAAAAGGAUCUCUUUUUAACAGUCUCUGUAACAAGAGGAGAGAGUUGCUGCUUCUGGGCACCAUCUAAAACAAUAUCUAUACAGUUUUAGUAGUGAAUUAACUUGUAUAGAAUUGGCCUUGGCACCUCUUUUCUGGAAAUUAAGGAAUCGUAAUCCAAUGAAGAUAAAAAAUCCCAAUGCUGGCGCACUCACCAAUUUUGAAGUACUUGACUUUCUGAAGGCAAGGGGUGCCGGUAAGGAUAGUUCAAGGGUUAUUGCUCCAGUAGCACCAUCAGAAUACAAGGUUUAUGAUUAUUUGAUGGAGACUCCGGCUUGCAGGCAAACUAGAGAGCAAAUCAAUGAGUUCAUGGAGAAGUGCAAGGCUUACAAACUUGCAAAAGCUGAGAUCCUCAAUAUCAUUAACAUUGUGCCUCGUGAAUUAGUCGAACUUGACCCGACAGAUUAUAGAGAAAUCCGAGGUGCGGUUCGGAGACCUGCUGGAAGAAGUAAAAGACUUGGUUUGUGAUAUAUUUCCGCCACCUCCAGGCGAACCGGCAGCUGAAGAAGGGGGAGAGGAGGAUCACGAAGAAAGGAAUUAGGAACAAAAAUGAAAUUGCUGAUGGAUCACUUUAAACUCUUGGCUUGUAUCCUUGGAAUAUUGAUUGAUAAUGGAAUCACCUUAGGCAUUUUCUAAGAGGCGUGAAACAUGUCUGUCAAAUGUUGCUACGUUGUUACGUGUUGCAUUGUUACUAUCAGCUUGUGUUUACAUUGAUUAUGGUUCAAAAUGUUGAACUUGAUUUGGCCACAUAAAUGAUGAGUAAUAUUAAUGCCAAA